CGGGAGAAGAUGGGCUUCAUCGAGGACUUUUUCACCUACGAGACCCCGAAGUCGGUGGUUGUGAAAAGUUGGACAGUGGGGAUCAUUAACCGAGUGAUGCAACUUCUCAUUAUCACCUACUUCAUCGGCUGGGUGUUUAUCCAUGAAAAAGCUUACCAAACCAAGGAGACCCAGAUUGAGUCCACGGUGAUCACCAAAGUGAAGGGCUUUGGCCGGACACAGCUGCCCAAUGGCUUGGAGAAAGUGAUGGACGUGGUGGAGUAUGUGAUUCCUCCGCAGGGUGGGGCCGUGUUCAGUAUUAUCACAUCCACCAGGAUCACCGAGAAUCAAGUUCAGGGGACAUGUCCAGAGGGUCAAUUAGCAGAGUCACUGACUCUGACCGGUCACUCCCAGACCGCACUGACCCAGACCGGUCACUUCCAGACCGCACUGACCAUGACUGGUCACUCCCAGACCGCACUGACCCAGACCGGUCACUCCCAGACCAGUUACUCCCAGACCGCACUGACCAUGACCGGUCCCUCCCAGACCGCUCUGACCGAGACCGGUCACUCCCAGACCGCACUGACCAUGACCGGUCCCUCCCAGACUGCACUGACCGAGACUGGUCACUCCCAGACCGCACUCACCCAGACCGGUCACUCCCAGACCACACUCCCCCAGACUGGCCCCUCCCAGACCACACUAACCCAGACUGGUCACUCCCAGACCACACUGACCCAGACCGGUCACUCCCAGACCGCACUGACCCUGACCGGUCUCUUCCAGACCACACUGACCCUGACCAGUCACUCCCAGACCGCACUCACCCCCACCGGUUACUCCAAGACCACUAUGACGCUGACCAAUCACUCCCAGACCACACUGGCCCAGACCGUACUCACCCAGACCAGUCACUCCCAGACCGUACUCACCCAGACCGGUCACUUCCAGACCACACUGACCCAAACCGGUUACUCCCAGACCGACCCGGAUAAUAAGGAGUUUCUCUGUCAGACUGAUGACCAAUGCGAUGAUCAGGUGACCCACCAAAUCGGCAGCGGGAUUCGGACGGGACGUUGUGUGCGUUUUCAGGGCAGCGUGUGGACGUGCGAGAUUCGGGGAUGGUGUCCCGUGGAACUCGAUGAUGCCGACAAGGCCCUGAUGACGGGAGCUGAAAACUUCACCAUCUUUAUCAAGAACAGCAUUCGGUUCCCACUGUUCAACUUCUCCAAGGGGAACAUGCUCCCCAAUAUCACCAAGGAUUACAUGCGUUCCUGUUCCUACCAUCCCGAGACUGAUCUCUUCUGCCCCAUCUUCCGUCUGCGUGACGUUGUGCGUUUGGCUUCUCAGGAUUUCAGCACUCUGACCCGCAAGGGCGGGGUGAUUGGGAUUCGGAUCGAGUGGAAAUGUAACCUGGAUCUAUCUGCCGAGAGGUGUGUCCCACGUUACAGCUUCCUGCGUCUGGAUCGUGUCUCCCAGACCAACAACAUCUCCCAGGGAUACAACUUCAGACACGCCCGUUUCUACCGAGACUCCAAUGGGACAGACUAUCGGACACUACUGAAGGCAUACGGAAUUCGCAUCGACAUCAUGGUGACUGGCCAGGCGGCCAAGUUUGAUAUCAUUCCGACGGUGAUUAACAUGGUGGCGGCUUUCACCUCCAUCGGCCUGGGCGCUGUGGUGUGUGACCUCAUUCUGUUAAACUUUGUCAAAGGAGCAGAUAAAUACAAGGCGAGGAAGUUUGAAGAGGUGGGGAAGGACUAUGGUAAACACUCGAAGGACUCUCUGUCGUGUGACGAUCUGUACAAGAGCAAGCAGACCCUGUCUCUGAGCCCGGUCUCCACCAACCCCUCCAACAGCCCCUGCAAGUGA